AUGGACAGAAAGGAGCCACAAGUUGAGGUUACUUGGGUUCCCGCCACCCCUAUUAAGCCGGUUCCUCUGAAACCAAUGCCGAUCUACACCCCUGGGGAGAUGAACCAAAUGGGUUAUCAUGCAAGUGGAGCAGUUGCAUGUGUUGAAUUUUCAAUUGGCCAAGAGAAAUUGUGUAGGUCGGAUGAUGGGUCAUACUUCGCCAGUGAGGGUGGCAAAACUUGUGAACAUGCAGCUUCGGACGCUGCUUCCAGCUUCAGCAAACUCGGAUUUUGUGAACAUUUGUUCGCAGUUGAAGCUGAAUCGAGAAACUAUAGUGUGAUAGUUGGGAAUAAUGAUGGACUAAACAAUCCAUUUUUCCCUUCAUUCAUCCUUGACAAUGUCCAAGACCCGCAGGAACCAUACAUUGCUUGCUGUAGCAACAGAACACAGGAUGCCCCAUUUACACUUGACAAUGCCAACAAAGAAGAAAACAAACAAAUAGCAUCGAUGCAACUCAAUAUGGAAGAAAAAGAUCCAGGAGGGGAAGAGAGAAAUAGCCCUGCCAGUAUGCUUGACAGUAAUGUUCUGCCAAACAGCAAAGAACUCUGUGACCCUGUCAUAGAGUUUGCUGCUAUUUCUUCACCAUUAAAGGAGAAUAACAACCAAGACAAGGGAAGCAAUCUUGAUACUGAUCAUAAUAAAACACCACAACCAAAACAAAGGAGAAGAAAGCACCGUCCCAAGGUCAUCAAAGAAGGCAAACCCAAAAGAACUCGGAAGCCUGUCACCCCAAAGCCUGAUCAAUCAAAAGAAAACCCAACUGUCAAGAGGAAGUAUGUGAGAAAAAAUGCAUUGACCAAAAUGGCUACACCGACAGAAGUGAUUGGGGAACUGACUAAAGAAAUGCCUGAAUCUGCCAAAAUGUCUUGUAGAAGGUCCUUAAAUUUUGACAUAGGAGCAAGAUAUGAAAGUUCAGCUGGAAAAAAAAACACAACUGAUCUAAACACUUCCAUUAUGCAACCAUCGAACAGUUACAUGUCAUUAGCAGAAGAUACACAAGCCCCAAAUACAUCUUCAGGAAGAAAAAGCUCUGUGACAGAGCCAGAGGAAAACUCAGCUGUGAAGAAGAAUAUGAGAAGGAAAGUGAAUAGUAGCUCUCCAACAGAAGUGACUGGAGAUAUGACUAGAGAAAAUGUGCCUCAAUCAGCCCAAAUGUCAUAUACAGGGCCUGUAAAAUUUUAUGUAAGAGCAAGAGAUCAAAGUCAUGCAAUCCAAGAGAACCCAAUUAUCAUCCCCGGCGAUGAAAUUGGUGUUGUCAUGCAUGAUAUUAAUGUAGGCUUUGCCUAUGAUCUUAACACUGCCAUGAAGCACGCAUCAAACAGUUACAUGUCACUACCAGAAGAAACACAAGCCGCAAAUACAUCUUCAAGAAAGAAAAGAUCUGGGACAAAGCCAGCGGAAAACCCAACUGCCAAGCGGAAGUAUGUGAGAAAGAAAGGAGUGAAGACUUAUGCUCCUCCAAUGGAAGUACCUGGAGAAUUCACUAAAGAAGAGAUGUCUGCAUCUGCCCAAACAUCAUGCACAGGGUCCAUAAAUUUUGAUGAAAGACCAAGAGAAAAAAGUUAUACAAUAGAAGAGAAUCUAAGUGGCCAACCGGGUAGUGAAAUUGGUGCAGUCAUGCAGGAAAUGAAUGUAAGAACUGCCUAUGAAUUAAACACUUCCAUAAAUCAGAAAAUAAAUGAAGACAUGACAUUACCAAAGGAUGCACAAGCCCUAAGUCCAUCUUCAAAAAUCAAUCUCCGUGGGACAAAGGCAAAAGAAAACCUGACUGGCAAGAGGAAGAAUGUGAGGAAAAAAGGAUUGAAUCUGUCUCCUAUUCCUUCAACAGAAAUGACAGGAUUGACUGAAGCAGUGAUACUUGAAUCUAACAAUAUGUCAUGGAGAAGGUCCUUAAAUUCUGACAUGGGAACUAGAGAUGGAAGGUCUGUAGGGAGAGAAAAUUUAGAUUUGCACAUUGGAAAUAAAAAUAUGGUGUUAGAGGAAACAAAAGUAUGUCUUGCCUAUAGUAAAGACACGUGGAUGCCAUUACCUGAGGGAACACAAUACCCAAGUACGUCCAUUUCAAAAUACACCCCCCUUGGAGCAAAGCUGGAUGCCAACUCUGUAGAGAACAAAAACAAAGAAGGCCAGGCAACUACUCAGGAUGGUAACAUCAGUACUAAUCAAAGUUCAGCAAUACGGUCACAUAUGGUUGGUUCAAAGAGAAAAUAUACUGCUAGCUUCAACCAUGCAGAUGACAGCAACAUGAAUCUGAUUGGAUCACACUAUAAUGGAUUGUCAUCAUACCAGGCUAGCUUUUGCCUUCAGUUUCCAAACAUACAGAAGAAAAGGAGAACUGAAAAGGGGAAAACUUCUGACACUUACAUUACAUCCGUGACUGCAACAAAAGAAGUCCAACAGACAUACCCUCAGGAAGAUGCUCUAGGACAUCGGCAUGCAUCAAGCUCCAGCAGCUGGAUUUAUGGAACUGGAUAUAAUACAACUGGAGUCCCAGUCACAAGUGGGUUGACAGAAAAUUUUAUUGAUGGUACUCAAACAUUCAACGAGUUUGUGUCGUCUUUGAAAAGGCUGGCAGAAAGAUCUCAAACCUCUACUUGUGGUGCUGGUUCUCCAACCAAAAUUAGAAGCUGUGAUACUGAACCAAGUUAUACUACAAAACACGUACGGAUCUCUGGCAGAGAAACAUUUGAGGAUGCUAAAGGACAACAAACAUGCAUUGGUGCUUUAAUCGCACAGACACCUACAUCACUUACAAAAAAGAAGCGGAGUAGAAAGAAAAGUGCCCUUUCCAGUUCAGCACAUUCCCGCACAAAUGGUAUGCUACAGCACCGUAAUUUUACAGUGGGAAAUUACCCUAUGCCAGUGGGGAAGUCAUCAGAUGUUGCUUCUAAAGUACUCUGGAAAAACAUGAACUACAUUGACUCGUUAGCAUUGCAGUUUUGGCACCUAAACAUAAACACAGAAGCAAGAGACCUUGCAUUGCAUGAGCAGAAUGCACUUGUUCUGUAUAAACAGCAAAAUCAAAAGCAAAACAGCCUUGUCCGCAGAGAUGGGGCCAUUAUUCCCUUUCAAAUCAAGAAACAGCAUCUUCGACCGAAGGUUGACCUUGACGAGGAGACUGAUAGAGUGUGGAAGCUUUUGUUGCUAGAUAUAAAUAGUCAUGGGAUUGAUGGAACAGAUGAAGAUAAGACCAAGUGGUGGGAAGAAGAGCGCAAUGUGUUCAGAGGACGAGCAGACUCAUUUAUUGCCCGGAUGCAUCUUGUACAAGGUAUCAUAUUUGACAUUAUUCACCUUUGA